GUGGAGAGCUGGAGGCGGGGCGCACGGUGCUACGGCUGAGUGGAAAGAAAGUGGAAAGUGAAAAAAUACCUGAAUGGACAAUCUGGAAUAAAUCGCAGCCACCUCAGCUCUCCCCUGCUGCGACUCUCCUACCCACCGUCCUCUCCCACCCCUCUUCUCCUCCUCUCUGUAGCCUCCCCCCGCUCUCCCUUCUCCCUUCUCCUGCUCCAUCCUCGUCGGCCUCCAAGAUAGAUUCCCUCAGGAGCAAGGUUGACCUGCUCAAGCUGCCCCUCGCUCUCUCCACCAAGUCCAUCUCCGAGCGCAAGAGCCAGCUGGGAGGAGUCGGCGAGCAGCGCGGAACGGGUGGAGGAGGAGGAGGUGGGGCCCGUAAAGCCCGCUCACUGACGACCCGAGACAUGGACAACGAGUCGCAGUACUCGGGCUACUCAUACAAGUCCUCCCACUCCAGAAGCUCCCGCAAGCACAGGGAUCGGAGGGAUCGCCACCGCUCUAAGAGCCGAGACAGCAGCAGUCGUGGAGACAAAUCGGUCACCAUCCAGACUCCCGGAGAGCCUCUGCUGGAUGCAGAGUCGACCCGCGGAGAUGACAGGGAUGAUAACUGGGGCGAGACCACCACCGUCGUUACCGGCACCUCAGAACACAGUAUCUCUAAUGAGGACCUGACCCGCGUCACCAAAGAUUUGGAGGAAUCGACUCCGCUGGAGUGCAAGCGCUUCGUUGGCCCGGCUUUGGGAGGCUGCCUGAGCUUCUUCGCCCUGGUCACGCCUUUAGCCUUCCUCAUCCUCCCGCAGGUCCUGUGGCGUGACGCCCUCGAGCCUUGCGGGACGCCCUGUGAAGGCCUCUACGUCUCUCUGGCCUUCAAGCUCCUGGUCCUGCUCAUCUCCUCCUGGGCGUUGUUUCUACGGCCUCCUCGCGCCACGCUACCACGCUUCUUUGUCUUCCGCUGCCUGCUGAUGGUGCUGGUGUUCCUCUUCGUGGCGUCUUACUGGUUGUUCUAUGGCGUGCGGGUGCUUGAGCCCAGGGAGAGGGACUACAGGGGGAUUGUGGAGUACGCCGCCUCGCUGGUGGACGCUCUGCUCUUCAUACAGUACCUGGCUCUGGUGCUGCUGGAAGUCCGACACCUGCAGCCGGCCUUCUGCCUCAAGGUGGUCCGGAGUACGGACGGAGCCAGCAAGUUCUACAACGUGGGCCACCUCAGUAUCCAGCGGGCAGCUGUCUGGGUGUUGGACCGUUAUUACAACGACUUCUCCGUCUACAACCCUGCCCUCCUCAACCUACCCAAGUCCAUCCUGUCCAAGAAGAUGACCGGCUUCAAGGUUUACUCCCUGGACGAAAACACCACGAACAACUCCACAGGCCAGUCCCGGGCCAUGAUAGCAGCCGCCGCCCGGAGGAGAGACAACUCCCACAAUGAGUUCUACUACGAGGAGGCCGAGAUGGACCGCAGGGUCCGAAAACGCAAGGCCAGGUUGGUUGUGGCGGUGGAAGAGGCCUUCACACACAUCAAGCGUCUCCACGAAGACGAGGUCGCCUCAUCCCCCAAACACCCGAAGGAGGUGAUGGAUCCUCGGGAGGCGGCUCAAGCCAUCUUCGCCCCGAUGGCCCGAGCCAUGCAGAAAUACCUGAGAACCACCCGGCAGCAGGCCUUCCACAGCAUGGAGAGCAUCCUCACACACCUGCAGUUCUGCAUAACACAUAACAUGACGCCCAAGGCUUUCCUGGAGCGAUACCUCUCCCCAGGCCCCACCAUGCAGUACCAGCAGCCGAACGGCAGGGGGCGCCAGUGGACUCUAGUGAGCGAGGAGCCGGUGACCUCAGCCCUGCGCCAGGGUCUGGUUUUCUCGCUGCGACGCCUAGACUUCUCCCUGGUUGUGACGGUGACGCCGCUCCCCUUCCUGCGGCUGGGGGAGGAGUUCAUCGACCCCAAGAGCCACAAGUUCGUCAUGAGGCUGCAGUCGGAGACCUCGGUGUGAAGGCGGUCUCGUCUUUUUCCCCACUAUGUCCUCCUCUUCCUUGCGCUCGCUCUCCCGCUGGAUCAUUCU